GAAGAUGACGACCCGGACUCGUAUUAGGUUUAGCAACGUGUACCUCACAUAUCUCUCCUGACAACGCAUGGGAUCUGUGAGAAGAAUUCUGGCUUGUGAUAGGCAUCAAGUGCGUCCACAGCCAUGACCACAAAUGGCCACGUAGCCGCUCAUGAACCCGGGACGACAGAAACGACAGACAUCUACAAUGCAAAGUCAGUCUCGGAAAUCAAGGAAGUUCUCGCCCACCUGCACAGCAAGGAAGCACGCGUGACAGUCCAGCUUGAUGCGUUGGUCACUGCACAAAAAGACCUGCAGCGAGAACUUGGUCGGCUCGACUUGUUCCGUGCAAAUGCCACGGCUCAAGCCUCCAAAGCCCGGGCAGUCAGCAAUGGGAUUCUUGCGGACGCGGCUUCAAAUGCAAAGCGCAUUUCGAACUCUGUCAAGCAGCUUGACCUAGAACAGGAGAGGGUCAAGGCUACCCUGACUGUUGUCGAACAGGUGGGAGAAUUGAAAGCAUGUGUGUUGGGUGUCUCGGGAUCCAUGGGCGCCGCACAGGAUUGGGAGACGGCGGCUGGGUAUCUGAGCAGAGCAUCCAAGAUUCCAAGCGACGUGCUCAAUGGUCCUUUUGCUGCCAGGAUUGUUCCCACCGCCGAGGUACCUGACGCUCCGGCUGUGACACUCGAGGCUGCUUCGGAAUCUCUAUGCAUGCUGUUCUUGAAGGAAUUCGAAAAGGCUGUCAAGGACAACGACGGUGCAAGAAUCACUCGCUUCUUCAAACUUUUCCCCCUCAUCAAUCGAUCAGAUGUCGGUCUGGACGUUUACGGUCGUUAUGUCUGCCAGGGUGUUGCCUCGCGGGCCCGAACCAACCUAAACGCGGGCACCGGAGGAAGUCAAAGCAAAGAUGGUUACUUCUAUGCAAACGCCCUCACACGGCUCUUCGAGCACAUUGCACAGAUUAUCGAUGGCCACGGCGGCCUAGUUGAGCGACACUACGGCCAGGGAAAGAUGAUGCGGGUCAUUGAGCGACUCCAAGUCGAGGCUGACCUACAGGGCGGCAUCAUUUUGGACACAUGGGCCGACGAAAGACGGAUCGACCGUCAAAUAACCGACAUCAAAUCGUAUGCCUUCACGUUCCUGGUUCAAAGCUUCAUGUCCACGCCCCGGGGCUCGACCGGCACGCCACGGGCAGGCUCUCCCGCACCCGGGCGUGGAAGCGAAGAUGAGUCUGUCGACAUGAAGCAGGUCGAUGCCCUCCUCAACGAAAUGACCCUGAUGCUGGGUAAAUGGUCUCUCUACACUAAAUUCAUUUCCGAGAAAAGCUCUGAGCUCGUCACGACGCCCGAUGUUGCACAGAUGCCAGCAUUCCUCCUCAAUUCCAGCUUGAUGAAGAAGGUGCAGGACCGACUGAUCUCCCCUUUCAAUACGAUGACGACGUUCUUCUUCCGCCGCUCUGUCGAGAAAGCCUUCCAACUCGACGAACAGCCGGCAGGUCUAUCUCUGAACCCACACAAACCACUGAACUCGAACCCUCCACACGUCACUUCGGCCAUCGAAGAUAUAAUGUACAUCGCCAACAAAGUGCUCCAGCAAUCGUUGGCGACGUCUCAGAGAAGCGUCGUGUCCAAUGUCAUCCCCACUCUUGGCCGCGUUUUGGGAUCCGACUUCAUCGGCAUGGAGCAGCGCAAGAUGCGCGACGAGAGCUACCCCAAGGCCGCGGCGCAAGGACAAUUGCCACCGGAAGCGACCAUUGUCUCCUUUCUAGUCCUCAUCAACAACCUGGACGUGGCAAAGGACUAUGUGGAACAGAUCGUCGGAGUCCGCGUCCACCCUACGGUCGACUCCCCCCAUCGAGCCCUCGCGGACUUAUUUCCCGAACCCGGCGACGCCGAGUCCGUGGCCGUUACCCUGUCGGCUCUGGCCACGAGCUUCUCGGAAAAGACCAACGAGUUGAUCUCGGACGGCGUCAACGUCGUCUUCCACAACGUCAUGAAACCUCGCCUCCGGCCCAUCCUGCUGGACGCGUUCCGCGACACUGACUACCAGCUGACCAGGGAACUGCAAGAACUCGCGCAGGAAAUGGACGCCGACGCCGGCGGCGGCGAGUCGGACGCCACAUUCACGGACGAGGUCCGCAUGCGCUUCCAACUUGGGUGGGACGCCCUGACGAGGCCCAUCGGACGGAUCAUGACGGAACGCACGUUCGACCAGCUCCUCACCAUCGUGGUGACGUACCUCAGCAAGAUGAUCGAGAAGAGGCUGUGGACGUACCACGGUCGCAUCAACGAGUCCGGCGCCGCGAGGCUGGAACACGACGUCAACGAGAUUGUCAAGGUCGUGGUCAAGGGUCAGAAGUACGGUUUCCGAGAGGCCUUCCUCCGCUGCAGUCAGAUAUGCAUGAUCAUGAACAUGGACGAGGAAGAGUGGGAGGAAUCUAUAGCUUCGGGAGGAGACUUCGCCGACAAGCUCAAGCCCACUGAAAGGAUACGAGCUAGGAACAUGGUCACGGAUGCUACCACCUAAGAAUAUAUACAAAAGCCUGACGCCCACCGAACGUUAAGGACUUAUGUGUUGUACGGAUUUCAUAUGACCAAAGGGCU